UGGAAGGCUGGACCAAGCUUCACCCGGAAAAAGGAAUAUGGAUUGUUUAUCUCUUCAUUGAACUCAGAGGGGCGUGCGAGACGUCCUGCAUCUUGGCAAGGUAUGGAUGCUACUCAGGUCAUCAACGACUCCAUCUUAGAGUCAGAUGAGGAGGAAAAGAAUGAAGAAGAGAAACCAAACAGUGGGCAGAAGCCUUUAGCAAAGCUGCGCAUCUUGAAGAAUGACCACAUCCCUGAAAGAGACUUCCCCCUUUUUGUGGGAGAUAACGUGCUUGGUCGGGACCCCAGCACCUGUACUCUGCCCUUGCCGGCACCCUCUGUGUCCAAGCAGCACGCCACCAUCAGCAUCCAUGUCCACCGGAGACGAGAAUCCCACAGCGGAGUUGAUAUGGAGGCUUUGGUUUGGGAUCUAGGCAGCAUGAAUGGCACCCGCAAGGGACGCCUAAAGUUGACUCCCAACGUACGCUACUCUCUCAGCGAGGGUGACUGCCUGGUGAUGGCAGACAUCCCGUGUCAGUACAUCCGCCGGGAGCACGUCGGGACUCCUGAGAGCAGGACCGCGGGCGUGAACGUCAGGUUUCCAGGUGCUUCCAUAGAGAAACGAGUUAAGGUGAGGGCCAGUGGAAGCACACAUGCUUCAGGUGUGCCAUCACUUCUUGGUGAAGCCAAGUCCUUUGAGACUACUCCAGUCCAGCCGCAGAGGAUGCUGGUCCCAGAGUCUGACUCGGACUCGGAUGGAGAGAUUCGGGGACACAGAGAGGAUAGGUGCAAGGUUCUAGAUUCAGACUCCAGCGCUGCCUAUUCAACCUUUCUGAGUCCUACAAGCAACAUAGUCCCUGAAAGUGAGGAUGAAAGCCCCAUCACACCGUCGUCCUCCACCAGAGAGAAGCCCCACAGAUAUGUCAGCUUCAGCAAAGAGCCUGACAUAAAUGCUGGGCGGCAGCAGUCGCCUGCGACUGUGGAUGACAUUGAUGAGGGGGAAGGCGCUGUGGUAAAUGGCCAGACACCAGGAGGGAUGAGGUUUGAGGAGAAAAAACAUGGUGUGCUGGAGCAGUCACAAAGCAAGGCAAGCUUUAUAGGAGCAGAAGGCUUACCACAAGUGUCCACAAGCACUGUGAUCCCUGAUUUUAACAUGGACAGUGACACUGACAUGGAGGCGGAGGAGGAAGGAGAGGUGCAAGCAGUCCAGUUUCACAUGGACAGUGAUACAGAUGUGGAGGCUGAUGAAGCUAGACCCCUUGAGGGGACUUACGGUGAUGUGUCACAUGAUGCUCCAAAAGCAGGCUUAGUUCCUCCGGUGAUGCUGGAUGAUUUCCAACUAGACAGCGACACAGAUGUGGACGAGGGGCCUGACAACACCAGCAGAGAUGAAACCCCCUCCAGGCUAGACUUAAAGAUGGGGGACUUGUCAGAGUCAGAUGAUGAUCAGGGCCCUGCCUUUAAUACACAUCCUGAUGUCAGAGGAUCAAACUACAAUAAUGUGCCUGUUGCAGUCAUUCCGGCUGAUAUCACCAUAGCAGCUUCUGAGUCUGAUGCAGACACAGAUGUGGAUGAGUUCAGUGCGCCCUCUGCUGGAGGUGGCCGUGGGCAGGACAGCAAAACAAACAUGGAGGACCAAAUGCCGAGUCUUCCUGUGAUAAAACCGUCUGGGUUGCAUGCUGCGCUUCUACAUAACUGCUCUACUCCUGUGCAAGAAAGAGAUGUGGCGGACAUGGAGACCCAAGCCUUCCUUAGUCCCUCUCAGGAUUCAUGUAAACGUGCUGUGAGACCAACAGCUCUGUCUCCAUGCUCAGACAGUCCAGAGGAUGAGGACUUUGUCGUGGCUGAGACGCAGCCCUUCAUCAUUCAGGCUCGAAGGCAGGUCCAGGGUGGCCUCCAUGACGCCAGCCAAGCGUCAGAACAUAACUCCUCUGGCGAGGACAAGGAAGAGUCUUUCCAGCUCGGGUUGUCUGACAGCAGCCACCUCCAAAGUCACGCCCAUGCCCUGGCCGUGGAGAGCACCCAGGCUUUUGUGCCUGUGAGUGUGGCAGAUACGCAAGCGUAUGCAACUCCAGGAAGGACAUCUCAUGGGGAUGAUUUGAACAUGGAGGCCACACAAGCCUAUGAGGAGCCUUCCAAGAGUCCAGUUCGUCAGGUAGAGCUGGCUUUACAGGAAACCCAGGCCUAUAUUUCAGAAGGUUACAGUGAGUCUGAUGAUGACCCAGAGGAAGAGACCCAACCUUUGGACUUGCCCACCUCUUCUCCUACCCUUGCAGUGGCUGAAACCCAACCUGCCUUACGGGAAGAGCCAACUACAAACAACAAGGUUGCAUGUUUGCAAACACAAGGCCAGAUACCAAAAGAAGUGGAUUUGAAGGAAGAACACACAGAGGUGGUUGUAGAAACUCGUGAUGAGACUCGGCCCAUCCCCAAAACCCAACUGGUGAGUAUAAGUGAGGAUGAAGUGUCCAAUCCAGUCUUACGGAAAGGAAAAGCCGAGCAACUUCUGCUCGAAGGCGAGACCCAACCUUUGAUGAGUGACGACUUUUCUGCAGAGACCCAGCCCAUAGGUCAGACUCAGCCAAUACCCACAAGUCUAACUGAAGAGAGUGAUGGAGAGGACCCAAGACCUGGCUUAGUCCAGCUUCAAAAAGAGAAGAAAUCCACUACAAGCUUGGCUGUUGAUACCCAGCCUGUGAAUGUAGCUGUGACCCAACUAGCGGCUACAAGUGAUGAUGAUGAUGAAAGCGAUGGGGAGGACUUGAUUCCAGUUUUACGUAAUAAAAGAAAAGCAAGGCCGCUUGAAGAGACCCAAUCUUUGUCCAGUUGCGAUUUACCUGUAGCUGAGACCCAGCCCACUGGUACUAGUCACAAUGAGGAAAGUGAUGACGAGGACCCUCUUCCUGUCUCACAUAAAAUGAAAGUGCAACCUCAAAAACAGACACGACCUAUUACGAGUUCUAACGAUGCGGCUGUGGAAGUACAGCCUAUAACCGUAGCUGCAACCCAGCCUAUGGCUACAAGUGUUAAUGAUGAAAGUGAUGAUGAGGAUUCGAUUCCAGUCUCAUAUAAUAACAGAAAAGCAAAGCCGCUACAGCUUGAAGAUGAGACCCAACCAUUGAUGAGUGGCGACUUUUCUGCAGCAGAGACCCAGCCCAUGGACAUAGGUCUGACUCAGCCAAUACCCACAAGUCUAACCGAAGAGAGUGAUGGAGAGGACCCAUGUUCUGGCUUAGUCCAGCUUCAAAAAGAGAAGAAAUCCACUCCAAGUUUGGCUGUUGAUACCCAUCCUUUGAAUGUAGCUGUGAUCCAGCCGAUUGCUAUAAGUGAUGAUGAUGAAAGUGAUGGGGAGAACUCCAUUCCAGUUUUACGUAAUAAAAGAAAAGCAAGGCCGCUUGAAGAAACCCAACCUUUGUCCAGUUGCGAUUUACCUGUAGCUGAGACCCAGCCUGUUGGUACUAGUCACAAUGAGGAAAGUGAUGACGAGGACCCUCUUCCUGUCUCACAUAAAAUGAAAGUGCAACCUCAAAAACAGGCACGACAUAUUCCGAGUUCUAACGAUGCGGCUGUGGAAGUACAGCCUAUAACCGUAGCUGCAACCCAGCCUAUGGCUACAAGUGUUAAUGAUGAAAGCGAUGAUGAUGACUCGAUUCCAGUGUCAUAUAAUAACAGAAAAGCAAAGCCGCUACAGCUUGAAGAAGAGCGGCAACCCUUGAAGAGUGGCGACUUUUCUGCAGCUGACACGCUGCCCAUGGACAUAGGUCAGACUCAGCCAAUACCCACAAGUCUAACCGAGGAGAUUGACAGUGAAGCUCCAAUUCCUGGCUUAGUACAGUCUCGGAAAGAGAAGCAAUUCAUUCCAAAUUUGGCUGUUGAUACCCAUCCUUUCAAUGUAGCUGUGAAUCAGCCUAUGGCUAUAAGUGAUGAUGAAGAAAGUGCCAGGGACGACUCAAUUCCGGUUUUACAUAAUAGAAGAAAAGCUGGGCCGCUUGAAGAGACCCAACCUUUGACUAGUUGCGAUUUUCCCAUAACUGAGACCCAGCCCACAGCUGCAAGGCACACUGAGGAAAGUGAUGACGAGGACCCCGUUCCUGCCUCACAUGAAACGAAAGUACAACUUCAAAAAGUGUUGCAGCCUGUUACAAGUUCUAAUGGUGCAGCGGUGGAAUUGCAGCAUAUGACUGUAGCUGCAACCCAGCCUAUGGCUAUAAGUGAUAAUGAUGAAAGUGAUGAUGAAGACUCGGUUCCAGUCUGGCACAGUAAAAGAAAAGCCAAGCCGCUACAGCUUGAAGAAGAGACACAACCUUUGACUGGUUACGACAUUCCUAUAACAGAGACCCCCCUCAUAGCUACGAGUCACACUGACGGGAGUGCUAGAGAGGGUCUGAUUCCGGUCUUAGUACAACUUCAAAAAGAGACACAAUCCAUUAUGUGUUCUGACAGUUCAGCCGUAGAAGUGCACCCUAUGACUGUAGCUGCAACCCAGCCUAUGGCUUUUAGUGAAAAUGAGUGUAGUGAUAGCAAGGACUCAAUUCCAGUUUCAGAUAAUAAAAGAAAAGAAAGAUCGCUGCAACUUGAAGAAGAGACACAACCCUUGAUUAGUUGUGACCUUCCUGUAGCUGAGACCCCACGCACAGCUUCGAGUCAAAGCAAGGGGAGUGACGGUGAGGACCUUAUUCCUGCCUUACCUAGAGGAGAAAUCCAGCUUCAGAAAGAGAUGCGACCCACAUCGAGUUUGAAUGUAGCUGUGACCCAACCUUUGGCUACAAGUGAAAAUGAGGAUAGUGAUGAUGAGGACUCAGUUCCAGUUUUAAGCAGUAAUAGAAAAGCAAAGCGGCUGCAAGAGGAGUCGCUCAGCAGCACAGUUGAACUCCUGCCAGACAUUUUGAACCCAAAAAGUAAGCCAGAAGAUGGCGAUAAAGGCCAGAGGAGCAGUCAUGAGGACACAUCAGUAUCUCCAAGAAAACCCCAAGAAGAGGCGCCUCAGCCACUUGAGAUAUCUGCCCUUGGGGAUGGUUUAGAUCCCGGUCGAGUGGAAGAAGAGCCUGUCAAUUCCAAAGAGCGUGCAACUCAGCCGCUUGACACAUCUGAAGAUGAGCAACUAGACAGUGAGAUCUUGAUUCCGGGCCCACAGAGAAGAAAAGUCAAACCACUGCAAUUUGAAGAUGAGACACAGUCGCUAAUGAGUUCUCCAAGUUCUCCGCAGCUUCAGAAUGGAACCAAGGAUGACGUUGGAACUAGCAGCACCAAUGUUGGACACUCAAAAAGAACACAAGAGAAGGAAGAGACAGAAAAAAGACAAACAGGAAGCACUAAAGCUAGAGGAAAGACGAUCAAAUCCAGGCCUGUGAAGGAAAGUAAGGAAAAGACCACGUGGCAGCAGACCAAGGACCAACAACAGAACAUUAGGGAGCACCAGAGCAUCCAAAUAGAACUAUUGGAAAGCAAGAAGAACGAAGAUGAGAUACGGGAAACUGAGAGAAAGGAGAGGGAAGAGCGGGAGAGACUACAAAAAGAAAUUGCGGAGUGUGAAAAAAGGGAAGAACGGUUAGAAGCGGCCAAGGAACAAGAAAGGUGUAAGCGGGAAAGGACAGAGCUGGAGAUGGCAACCAAAGAAAGACUGACGCAGAGUGAGGAAGAAGAAAAACCCAAAGCACCACCGAGGGGCAGAAAAUCAACCAGAAGAACCAUCGCCGCUCUCACAGCAGCAGAGCAGGAUCUAGAUGAUGUCCCGGCGAAGAGGACCAGAUCACGUUCCAACUCUUCCAACUCUAUCAGCUCCGAAGUGUCUACUGCGAGUACACAGGGGAGUCGUGGGACGGGCCAAGGGGAGAAGAGGUUAAAUGGUCCUGCCCAGGCACCCUCCACCAGGAGACGGACGGUGGCUGUGGAGCCUUCUGGUCUUCGAGAACCACCAGAGAAGGACAUUGGUGGCGUUUCUCCCAUGGGAGUACUUUCAAGGUCCAGUUCUUCCACUUCCCUUGCUUCUGAGAUGUCCUGCAGCAGCCUCGGCUCUCGGGGUAGAGGCAGAGGGGGCAGGCAGCAAGGAAUACGGGGCAAGUCAGAAACAGGACCCAGCUCGGUUCAGCCUGUCUUAAGUCAGAACCCUGCUCCCAAGCCUAAACCAAGAGGCAGGAGGGGCCGGAAAGCAGAUGUGUCCCCCAGUGAAGAUGAUGAAGAUGAUGAAGAGAAGCCAGAGGUAAAACAGGCACCUUCCACCAGAGGGCGCAAGCGAGCCAGUGUCAAAGAGCCCAGAGCUGCAGAGCAGUCAAAUCAGGGGAACCAGUCUGCUGGUGAAGACUCUUCUCUGCCUAAAAGAACUUUCAGGGGCCAAACGGUAAAAAGUGAAGCCGUCGGGGAGCCGGUUGCUCUCUUGAGCAACAAUCAACAGGAGGCCAAAGAAGACAAGAGAAAAGGAAGGAAGAGGCAGUUGGAGGCAGUAGGGGAAGAAGCCAAAGACGACACUCUAGCUCCAGUACAAGCUAAGAGAAGAGGCAGGAUUGCACAACAGUCUCCCCGAGACACAUCCAGCGAGGAUGGAAGUGUGCCAUCUGCCAGUGGUGCUGCAGAGCCUCAGACUCCAAUCAGCAGCAAAACCCGUAAGAGAAAAGCUUCUGUGCAAUCCUCUCCCGGGACUCCUUGCACCUCUUCCCAGUCAUUGAGUCGUGGACCACGAACUGACGGCCAGUUUUAUAAGGUGCUGUUCACCGGGGUGGUGGACGAGGCCGGUGAGAAAGUGCUGGCCCGUUUAGGAGGCGCCCUGGCUAACGGUGCCGCGGAUAUGAACUGCCUGGUGACCGACAAGGUGCGCAGGACUGUCAAGUUCUUGUGCGCUGUGGCCAAAGGAGUUCCCAUUGUCACCACGCAAUGGCUGGAGAUGAGCGGUAAAGCCGGGAGCCUCCUGCCUCCUGAAGGCUUCAUUGUGCAGGAUCCGGAGCAGGAGAAGAAGUUCAGUUUCUGCCUGCAGGAGUCACUGAGGCUCGCCAGCAGUCAGCCUCUCUUACAGGGAUAUGAGAUCCACAUCACCAAGGCGGUGAAGCCAGAGCCAGUCCACAUGAAAGACAUCAUCACCUGCAGUGGAGCCACCUUUCUUCCCAAGAUGCCGUCUUCCCGCAAGCCUAAGACUGUCGUGGUCUCCUGCGAGGAGGACUGGCCGCUGUGUCGCGCCGCCAUCUUGGCGUCGUUCCCCGUCGUCUCGGCAGAGUUCAUCCUGUCUGGGAUCCUGCAGCACAAACUGGACUUCGACACCCACAAGCUAUCUGGCCCGCUGGAUAACCUGCAGCCUGCUACAGGCAGGAGAGGGCGGGGCAGGAAGAAGACGUAGCAUCCCGGGUCAGGAAGUGACUCAGCCUGAGUGGCAGCCUUCUCCUCGAGCAUCCCUUUUACUUUCAACCCACCAUCGCCUCCAUCCUGUUGCCAUGUACUUACAAGUACUUUUUAAACAAGUGUUAUUUAUACCGUGCCGGAUGGGACUAACGACCUGUUCAUUAUCCCUGUCCUCCCCCUCUCCACCACCUCAGAUGUUCAGAGCAGGAAUUAACAUUGCUUAAAGUCCGCUCGUCUGGAGGCUCGUUGUAAUCACACAUGUUGAGUGUGUAAAUCAUGUUUACCAAACAGUGGGUGGAUUUCGGCAAGCUCUCGACAUAAGAAGUGCCUUUUAAUACACCAAGAUGAUGAUAAUGAACAUAGCCGAGUGUCCUCCGCCUCCAUUAACCACCACCAACAAGCUCCAUGCAGUCCUAUUAAGCACGUACGAAAGACGCACGGCCGAGGCUGACGCUGCCUCUUCAUCAAUAUCUUAUGUGGUUUGUCCUUGCUGUGCAAUCAUCCGCAGCCUUUUUAAAUGCAUAAAUCACUCCCGUGUGUGCAGAUGUGGCAAGAACUGCACUCUUACAUGUAUCAUCGUCAUCACCAUCACCAUCAUCAUCUGCCUUUUAAAGAAAGACGUGUGAAACUUCUAUAUGUCCACCACACAACUGAAAUCAUUAAAUAUUUUCUGUUUGCUUCAA